CACUACUACCGCCCAAAUACAAAUCCCUCGCCCUCUCGCUCUCUCUAUAUUGCGCCUCCCACCAGCAACCCAUUUCUCUCUCUCUCUCUCUCCCCCUUUCUUCCAUUGUUCUUCCUCUUUCUCUCUCCCUCUCUCUCCCUCCGACAAACGCAAGAAAAAUCGAUUCUUUUCUCGUAACAUCAAACGAAUCAGGGACAGACAGAUGUCUCAGCUGUCAUCAUCGAUCCCUCAAGAUCCCUUAAACAUAUAGAUUGAUAUAUAUCGUCCCUAAGAGAAACUGACCUUCACGGAUCCCUAAUUUCAUCGAUUCCUUUACAGAGAAUCGAAACUGGUUUACAUAAUUAGGGGGAGAUUUUUUGAUUUUGUUGUUGUUGUUGUUGUUGUGGGCUUUAGAGAAACUAUUUAAUCGUCUGGAUAAAUGGACUCGGUUCUUCUUGACGACAUAAUCAAUCGACUUCUCGAGGUCCAAGGUCGGCCAGGGAAGCAGGUGCAGUUGUCGGACUCGGAAAUUAAGCAGCUUUGCCUAACUUCAAAGGAUAUAUUCUCCGUACAGCCAAAUCUGUUGGAGCUCGAGGCUCCCAUCAAGAUUUGUGGAGACAUUCAUGGUCAAUAUUCUGAUCUUCUUCGGCUUUUUGAAUAUGGUGGAUUCCCUCCCAAAGCAAACUACUUGUUCUUGGGAGACUAUGUAGAUCGAGGAAAACAAAGCAUAGAGACUAUAUGUCUGCUCCUUGCGUAUAAAAUCAAGUACCCAGAGAACUUUUUCCUCUUGAGAGGAAACCAUGAGUGUGCCUCUAUAAACCGCAUAUAUGGUUUCUACGAUGAAUGUAAGAAAAGAUACAACAUUAAGUUAUGGAAAGUCUUCACGGACUGUUUUAAUUGCUUGCCAGUGGCUGCUCUAAUUGACGAGAAGAUUCUUUGCAUGCAUGGUGGUCUUUCACCUGAUCUUCACAAUUUGGAUCAAAUUAGAAAACUAGAACGCCCUACUGAUGUUCCAGAUUCCGGUUUCCUCUGUGACCUUCUAUGGUCUGACCCUACCCGGGAUUCUAAAGGAUGGGGAAUGAAUGACCGAGGAGUUUCUUACACUUUUGGGGCUGAUAAGGUGACAGAAUUCUUAAACAAGCUUGACCUGGACCUUAUUUGCCGUGCACAUCAGGUUGUAGAGGAUGGCUAUGAAUUCUUUGCGGAUCGACAGCUAGUGACAAUAUUUUCGGCACCAAAUUACUGUGGUGAAUUCGAUAAUGCUGGUGCAAUUAUGAGCGUGGACGAGACUCUAAUGUGUUCUUUCCAAAUAUUGAAGCCUGCAGAGAAGAAAAAGUUUUUUUUCGGUAGCACAACUAUCAAAUCUGGAAAUUCUCUGUCUAUUCUUGGUUCGAAGGUGUGAUAAGGCGUUAGAGAUUAUACGGGGCUUACAACAAUAAUGUAGUCAGCCAUCAUCAAGUUUCAUUUUCAGACAUGUUGGAUCAGUUCAUUUAUGUUGAGUAGUAUGCCUUGAUCUUAUCUUGUAUGAAUCAAACUGUACAAACCAGAAAAGCUGACCAAAAGGUUUGUUGCUUUUGCGCCAUUUCUUUUGUUUGUUUUCUUUUUUUUUUGUUGGAUGUAAAAUUGUUAAGGUGUGAGAGAUUACUAACUUACACUCCCUUCUUGUAUUCCUACCUAACAACAGUUAAUGCUGUUUUUACUUGACCGAAGUUUUACUUCUCUAGUUACUAAGAAUUGUGGCCUGGCAAAUGGCUUAUUUGGGAUAUAAAAAGUAGCUUUUAAUUUUGA